UUGGUCUGGUCUGAUAUUCAAUUCAAGUAUUUAAUUAAACUUGACUGUGAUAAUUUUAUAAGUAAAAUAACAUUAUUGUGUGAUAUUUUGUUAGAUUAUCUUUCAAUCAUCUAAUUUACUCCAAGUAGAACUCUGUUAUAAUUAUUAUUUUUUUUUUUUUUUUUGGGUUAGAUUUGUUUUAGCUGAGUUCAAUUUUGGUGAAGAACUCAUUUUCUGAUUGAUUGAAAGGAAAUUUAGUUGAAUCAAGGUUGCACUGCACGGAAUAAUCAAUCAGUAGAUUGAAGUCACUGAAAUAGUGACAGUAGAAUAGGUGACUUGGUGAUUACUUCAAAAUCAAUUAGCUGAAAAUUUACCAACAAAAGGGCAUAAGUCAUUAUGAAGGCGCUUUUUCAAAAGUCGGGGUUAGCAAAUUUGCACCGUGCCAUGUUCAUAGAAACACUAGCUAAAGUGAUGGUUAGAGUAGCUUUCAAGAUAAGUAAAGAUGAGUGGAAGUUGAAGAAGAGGGCCAACUGUAAUCACUAGUGUGUCUGAUAACAUCAAGCUGCUAGUGCAAGGCAAUGACCAACAUUAUAACACUACGACCCGUUGCUCUUUUUUGUGGCUAUAUUUGCCAAAAUUUAACUUGAAUCUGCUGCAAGCAGUCAUGGUGGCAACAAUCAGACUGUUGCUGUUUUGUCUGGUGGGUUUUGCUGAAAUUUACUUAAUCUCGUCUCUUACUGAUCCUGGAGAUGCUGCAGCCCUCCAAUCAUUAAAAGAUCAAUGGAAAAACACACCACCUAGCUGGAGCAAGUCCGAUGAUCCUUGUGCUACUCCAUGGGAAGGGGUAAUAUGCAACAGUUCAAGGAUCACUGCAUUGGGUUUAUCCACUUUGGGACUCGGAGGUAAACUUAGUGGUGACAUCGGUGGGCUAACAGAGUUGAGAUCCUUGGAUCUCUCUUUCAAUCGGGGUCUCACUGGUUCUUUAACUCCAAGACUAGGAGAUCUGCGCAAACUAAAUAUUCUGAUCUUGGCAGGCUGUGGUUUCAGUGGUAAAAUUCCUCCAGAGCUAGGCAACCUUGCAGAGCUGUCCUUCUUAGCUCUGAACUCCAACAACUUUACUGGUGAAAUUCCCCGCUCUCUAGGUAAUCUUUCCAAACUUUACUGGCUGGAUCUGGCAGACAACCACUUGACAGGAUCUAUUCCUGUCUCAACACCUAACACACCAGGCUUGGAUCUCUUGCUGAAGGCAAAACAUUUUCACUUCAAUAAAAAUCGGCUUUCAGGCUCAAUUCCAUCUAAGCUAUUCCGUCCAGAGAUGAUUUUCAUCCAUGUACUUUUUGACGGAAAUCAACUAACUGGGCCGAUUCCAUCCACAUUGGGACUUGUUCAGACUCUUGAAGUUCUACGGCUUGAUCGGAAUUCCUUGACAGGGGAGGUGCCAUCUAAUCUCAACAAUCUCACCAAUAUUGUUGAAUUGAAUUUAGGACACAACAAACUGACUGGUUCAUUGCCAGAUUUAACAGGGAUGGAUUCUCUUAGCUACGUGGACCUGAGCAACAACUCCUUUGACGACUCAGAAGCACCAGAAUGGUUCUCAACUUUACUGUCUCUCACUACACUAAUCAUUGAGUAUAGUUCACUUCAAGGGCCUGUUCCUCAAAAGCUAUUCAGUGCUCCGCAAAUGCAGCUUGUGAAAAUGAGAAACAAUUCGUUCAAUGGAACAUUGGAUAUGGGUAAUAGCAUUGGCCAACAGCUCCAGCUUGUUGAUUUUGAGAAUAACAAGAUUUCGUCGGUGACACUUAGCUCUAGAUACACAAAUUCCUUGAUAUUGAUCGGAAACCCAGUCUGCAUCACUCCACUUUCAAGUACUGACUACUGUCAGAUUCAGCAGCAAACAAAAAAACCCUAUUCAACCAGUGUAGCUAAUUGUGGAAGUAAGCAAUGUUCAGCAGACCAGAAGCUAAGUCCCCAGAGUUGUGAUUGUGCAUAUCCAUACGAAGGAACUAUGUACUUUCGAGGACCUUCAUUCAGGGAAGUGACUAAUGCAAACUCCUUUCACAAAUUGGAAAUGAGCUUAUGGGUGAAAUUGGGCCUAAUUCCUGGCUCUGUUUCUCUUCAAAAUCCUUUUUUCAACGUUGAUGACUACCUUCAAGUUCAUAUAGAAAUUUUUCCAUCUGGCAAAAAAUACUUUAAUCGAUCAGAAAUUCUAAGGAUUGGCUUUGAUCUUAGUAAUCAAACGUUUAAGCCACCCCCAGAGUUUGGACCAUACUAUUUUAUCGCAUCACCUUAUCUCUUCCCAGCCACGAAUGGAAGAACUGUUAGUUUGGGCUUAAUCGCAGGAAUUGCUACUACUUGUACCUUUCUUGUGGUAAUGGUUUUGGGAGUGGGCAUUUAUGCUGUACAGCAGAAAACACGUGCUGAGAGAGCAAUUGGUUUGAGUAGACCAUUUGUGUCUUGGGGUUCAAGUGGAAAAGAUAGUGGUAGUGUUCCACAGUUAAAGGGAGCUAGAUGGUUUCCAUAUGAUGAACUAAAGAAAUACACCAAUACUUUUUCACAGCGUAAUGAAAUAGGCUCCGGGGGCUAUGGCAAGGUGUACAAAGGAGUGCUACCUGAUGGUCAACAUGUGGCAAUCAAGCGAGCUCAGCAAGGAUCUAUGCAGGGUGGGCAUGAAUUCAAGACUGAAAUAGAGUUGCUUUCAAGAGUUCACCAUAAGAAUUUAGUUGGCUUGUUGGGUUUUUGUUUUAAACAAGGGGAACAGAUGCUGGUGUACGAAUAUAUGCCCAAUGGAUCGCUCAGAGAUAGUUUGUCUGGCAGAUCUUGCAUUCAUCUUGAUUGGAAGAGAAGGCUGCGCAUUGCUUUAGGCUCCGCUAGAGGAUUAGCAUAUCUUCACGAGCUUGCAAAUCCUCCCAUAAUUCAUAGGGAUGUCAAGUCUACCAAUAUACUUUUGGAUGAAAAUUUAACAGCCAAGGUUGCAGAUUUUGGCUUGUGUAAGCUAGUUUCUGAUGGCGCGAAGGGUCAUGUUUCUACACAAGUCAAAGGAACGCUGGGCUAUCUUGAUCCCGAAUACUACUUGACACAACAAUUGACUGAGAAGAGUGAUGUGUACAGCUUUGGAGUAGUUAUGCUUGAGUUAGUGACUGCUAAGCAACCAAUCGAGAAAGGGAAGUACAUUGUCCGAGAGGUCAGAACAAAGAUGGACAAGAAUGACGAAGAAUUUUGUGGCUUGAAGGUCAUGAUCGAUCCAGUCAUCAAAAAAAUUCCAAAUUUGAUUGGGUUUACUAAGUUUAUCGAGCUAGCAGUGCAAUGUGUUGAAGAAACUGCCUCGGAUCGUCCAACAAUGAGUGAUGUGGUGAAGGAGAUAGAGAUUAUUCUACAAAAUGAUGGGUUAGAUACAGGAUCAACAUCCACAUCCUCGUCCGUCAAGGAUUUUGGAGCCACCAAAGGUGUCCUCAAGCAUCCUUAUGAUGCCUUAACAAAGAAAGAUACCACUUAUAGUGCUUAUAGUGGUGCCUUUGACUACAGUGGUGGAUACUCAUUAUCACUAAAAAUAGAGCCAAAGUAACACUUCAUUUUUCAACUUAUAUCAAACAAUUAGAGGUUUAUGGAAUGUUAUAUUUGACAUCCCAACAGGUAGUAGUACUAUAUGACCAUUUUGGGGAUUGAUUAUUAUGAUAUUGUUUAUCGAAGACGGGAAAAGAAAGAUGUUACUCUUGC